AUGGAAAAGAUAAUAACUAGUUCAGAUCCGGGAAGGAACUCUUGCAGAAGCUUAUACCAUCAGAGCAAGCUCAUCGAUCCUUCAGAUAACCAGCCUGGCCUAUCGAUCAAACUAGACCAAGUCAGUCUCCACAAUACUCAGCGAUAUGGUUACUUCUGGGUCUUUCAGAACCAGUUCAUUGCAAGACUUCUCUCAAAAAGGCUUAGCAGUCUCAGUAUGGCCGCUUGUAGGCAGCUGAGCCAAGAUAUUGGCCAUACUUUCAAAGCCAUCCCAGCAUCAAAGGCUGUCCAAGAUCCAAACUAUGACGAUGAACCUCUCAGUCGGUCGCCAUGGCCCCUAUGGCGCCUUAUUUUGAUUGUGGUUAUUCAUCAUCUCUGUGCUCCAAAACUAAAUACCCAACACGGAUGCGCCAUUAAGGAGCUACAGGAUUGCAGGAUCCAGUUGCAAGCGGCGGUUGAACAGAACGAAAGAUACGAAUCAUUCAUCGUGACUGCUUUCUUGAAGAUGGAUGACAUGGAGAGAAUGGUCGAAAGUCUGCGAGACGGCUGGUUCAAAGCUUCACAAUGGUGUAUAGAAGGAUACAACAUUGAGGAAUCUCAAAACCAGAUCGGUUAG